AUGGCUUCCAAGUACCUCGAAUCGCCCUCUCUCCAUGAGAUCGAAGUUCCAAAAUCCUACGCAGACAUCGGCUUCACGCAAAUCAAAGUCACAAAUGUCCCAGAAUCUUCCAAAGAUGUCACACCAAUCCAGCUCGUCACACUCUUCCGACCAAAGAAAUACAAUGCCUUCACGCCCACCAUGAUGCACGAGCUCGAGCACGCUUACACGCUUUUCGACAUCGAUGAUCGCGUCAAAUGUAUCGUACACACUGGUCAUGGCAAAAUGUUCUGUGCUGGUGCGGAUUUGGAUACGGGUUUCGUAGGAGGCCAAGAGCAGAAUCGAGAUCACAGGGAUGGAGGAGGUAGAGUCUCUUUGGCGAUCAACAGGUGUAGAAAACCUACUAUCGGAGCUUUGAAUGGGAGUGCUGUGGGUGUGGGCGUGACGAUGACGUUGCCGAUGAAUAUCAGGAUCGCGUAUAAAGAUGCCAAGAUUGGAUUCGUGUUUGCGAGGAGAGGCUUGGUUAUGGAGGCUGCGAGCAGUUUCUUUUUGCCGAGAUUGAUUGGCACAUCGAAAGCCCUCCACCUCUGCACAACAGGCGCAACCUACCCGGCCAAACACCCUCUCCUCUCAGACCUCUUCACCGAAGUCCUCGACACCCCUGACGCCGUCCUUCCCCGAGCCCUCGAACUCGCAGACGAAGUCGUCAAGAACUGCUCCACCGUCUCCCUUUAUCUCAUCAAAGAACUCAUGUACCGAAACCCCGGAACUCCAGAAGGCGCACACCUGCUCGACAGCAGGAUCGUGUAUGAAUGUUUCGGUAGCAAGGACAACAAGGAAGGCGUGGCUGCGUUUUUGGAGAAGAGACCUGUGAAUUUUCAGGGCACGAUGCAGAAUGAUGCGCCUGCGGCUUGGCCUUGGUGGGAUCCGAUUUCGGUGGGUAAUAGACCUGUGCCGAAGGGGUAUAAGUUUAAACCGAACUUGUAG